AUGCCGGGGCAGUUGUUGGUGUUGAUUGGAUCGGAUGGCAAGCAAGCGACCGUAAGUCGCUCUGUGGCGACGCAGGCCUCAUUGGUGCUGCGAGACUUACUUGACGGAAGGGAGCCCACACGAAACUUGGAAAUCAUUGCCGGUGUGACAAAAGAUCAGGGGAACGAAGCGUCUUUUGGCCAAGUGGUGACCGCAGAGAACACUGCCACCACCACCACCACCACCACCACCACGGCUGGCGGGAGCGGUAGUAGUAGUGUCACCAAUAUUCCAGCUAUCGAGCUGCCGUUUCCCUACUUUACAAGUGAUUUGUUGCAGCGAAUUUGUGCGCACAUGACGUACCGGUAUAAUUAUCAGCCACCAAUCCGAGAUAGCAAAAAAGGCAAACGAGGUGAGUGA